GUCGUCGCGUGCAUUGCGCACUCGGUUCGCGCAAUCUCUAUUUCACGAGAUCACAAAUUCUGUCUCGGCCGUCUGCGUCUGCCUUCACUCGAUCGGCCAUGAUCCUGAGCGCCGUAUCAAAAGCAGUCGCUGGGGCCUUGAGGGCUUCCAAGCCUUCUCUUCUACAAAAUGAAGUGGCGAAGGUAUCGGGCGUCCUUGCUGUCAACAAAAGGGAUUAUGCAGCCAAAGCUGCAGCUGCGUCUAAGGGUGGUGCACAGGGAAAGGUAGUUGCUGUCAUUGGUGCUGUCGUUGAUGUACAGUUUGAAGAUGCUCUUCCACCUAUCCUCAAUGCCUUGGAGGUACAAAACCGUACUCCUAGGCUGGUACUUGAAGUUGCCCAGCAUCUUGGAGAAAACACCGUACGCACCAUUGCUAUGGAUGGUACGGAAGGUUUAGUACGUGGUCAAAAUGUCUUUGACUCUGGAUAUCCCAUUCGUAUUCCUGUGGGAGCUGAGACUUUGGGUCGCAUCAUCAAUGUCAUUGGUGAACCUAUUGAUGAGCGCGGACCCAUUGCUACCGACAAGCUAGCGGCUAUUCAUGCGGAUGCUCCCGAAUUCGUAGACAUGUCCGUCGAGCAAGAGAUUUUGGUUACAGGCAUUAAAGUCGUAGAUCUUCUGGCACCUUACGCCAAGGGUGGAAAAAUCGGUCUCUUUGGCGGUGCUGGAGUCGGUAAGACCGUACUUAUCAUGGAAUUGAUCAACAACGUAGCCAAGGCUCACGGUGGUUAUUCCGUGUUUGCUGGCGUGGGCGAAAGAACGCGUGAGGGUAACGAUCUCUAUCACGAAAUGAUCGAGUCCGGUGUCAUUUCCCUCAAAGACAAGACGUCCAAAGUAGCGCUUGUGUACGGACAGAUGAAUGAACCGCCAGGCGCUCGUGCCCGAGUGGCUCUCACCGGGCUCACUGUCGCCGAGUAUUUCCGAGACCAAGAAGGUCAGGAUGUACUGUUAUUCAUCGAUAACAUCUUCAGAUUUACUCAGGCUGGUUCUGAGGUGUCCGCUUUGUUGGGUCGUAUUCCAUCUGCCGUAGGUUACCAACCCACAUUAGCUACUGACAUGGGUACCAUGCAGGAACGUAUUACCACGACAAAGAAAGGAUCCAUUACCUCCGUACAGGCCAUUUAUGUGCCUGCUGACGAUUUGACAGAUCCUGCUCCAGCCACCACCUUCGCCCAUUUGGACGCCACCACUGUGUUAUCUCGUGCCAUUGCUGAACUUGGUAUCUAUCCAGCUGUCGAUCCUCUUGAUUCUACAUCCCGUAUUAUGGACCCUAAUAUCAUUGGCAUGGAACAUUACAAUAUCGCCCGUGGUGUGCAAAAGAUUCUUCAAGACUACAAAUCGCUUCAGGAUAUCAUCGCUAUUCUUGGUAUGGACGAAUUGUCCGAAGAAGAUAAACUGACGGUCGCUCGUGCACGUAAAAUUCAGAGGUUCUUGUCCCAACCAUUCCAGGUCGCCGAGGUAUUCACUGGUCACGCAGGUAAAUUAGUACCGUUGCAGGAAACCAUCAAAGGAUUCCAAAAAAUUUUGGCUGGAGAAUUAGAUCAUCUGCCGGAAGUAGCAUUCUAUAUGGUUGGUCCAAUUGAGGAAGUAGUAGCGAAAGCGGAAUCGUUGGCCAAAUAAUAAAUUAACUAACAGUCAUCGUAAAACAGCAUCAUUACAAAUUUA